AUGGUGUUCCAUAACGUCUGGCCUCCAACUGGGCUUCAGUCCCCUGACCACACAGUGGAGGAUGUUUUACUUGCACUCUCCCGCCUACUGGAGGAUGCCAUCAUUGUUCCUAUUCUGCUGACUGUGAACAACAGCAGUCCCCUGCUUCUCCAGCCGCUCCAGAUAAUUGUUUUGAUGUAUUGCUGGAUGGACGGUAAAGUAGAAGCGGCACUGGACCUCAUACUGAUCAACUCCUUCCCUCUGGUGGGCAACUCUGAGACAUCACUUACAUGUGUCACUUCCAAAUGGCGUUCCCGUGAGUCUAUCACAAUAGGCCGGGACCAGGAGGAUGUGGCAAACCAGCACCGAGAACCACUGGAAGUUAAUGAAGAUUCCAAGAGAGCAGCAGCCAAAACAGUGGUGUGGAAGAGGGAACAGGCCAGUGAAACUAUUGGAGCAUAUUACUGUGAAGCGAAACUCAAGGAUGAGGUGACAAGGAUACGCACCAUGAAGAUGCCACUGGGAGCUUCGUUCCACCCAAUGGCAUUAACUGUUACAGCAAAUAAGGGAGAGCAUGUGAAUAUCUCCUUUGUCAGAAUGGCAUCAAAAGAAGAAGAUGCAGUGAUCUACAAGAAUGGCUCCUUCAUCCACUCUGUGCCCAGGCAUGAAGUGCCAGGAGAACUGGAAGUCUCCUAUCCUCAGGUUCAACCACAGGAUGCAGGGGUUUACUCUGCCAGAUAUAUAGGAGGAAACGUUUUUACUUCUGCUUACACGAGGCUUAUUGUAAGACGAUGUGAAGCUGAGAAAUGGGGCCCUUCCUGUAGCUUCCACUGCCCUUCCUGCACAAACAAUGGCAUUUGUCAUGAAGAUACUGGGGAAUGCAUCUGUCCUCCAGGUUUUAUGGGAAAAACAUGUGAGAAAGCUUGUGGAGCCAACACAUUUGGCAAAACAUGUGAAGAGACCUGUAAAGAAAAUUAUGGCUGCAGAAACUUUAUGUUCUGUCUACCAGAUCCAUACGGUUGUUCUUGUGCCACAGGAUGGAUGGGACUAGAAUGUGAUAAAGAAUGCAAACCUGGGUUUUAUGGGUCAGAUUGCAAACUCAAAUGCAAUUGCCACAAUCGAGGAACAUGUGACAGAUUUAAGGGCUGCAUCUGCUCCUUCGGAUGGCAUGGUCUGCAAUGUGAAAAAAAAGGUUCAGCAGAUCUUUCGCCUCAGAUAAUAAACUUACAAGAUCCUGUGGAACUCAAUUCUGGCGUCGAGUUCAAGCCAUUUUGUAUAGCAACAGGGAUGCCACUUCCUAAAUCUGAAGAAUUCAAACUCUUGAAGCAAGAUGGAACUGUCCUAAGGCCCGAUGAAAUUUCUACCAGUAAUCGUUCUGAAGCCAUGUUUAGAAUUAAUCGAAUCCUGCCUGGUGAUACAGGAACUUGGGUUUGCAGUGUGCAGACAGUAGCAGGAAUGGCAGAGAAACCAUUUCAAGUUACAGUCAAAGUUCCUCCUGUGCCACAAUAUGCCCCGAGGCUGACAGAUAGAGGACAUAAUUUUCUCAUAAUUGAUAUCAAUGCUGAGUUGCAUAAUGGAGAUGGACCUGUUGUGUCAACAAAACUUCUGUACAAGCCAGCAAAACGUUAUCAGUCCUGGAUGUCUGUGGAAGUAAAAGGCACAACUAAAAGACUGGACAAUCUGGAACCCAAAACUGAGUAUCAGUUCUGUGUUCAGCUGAGUCGGCAAGGGGAAGGUGGGGAAGGCCAUCCUGGACCACAGGCCAGCUUCACAACAGCUGCACUUGGUCUUCCUCCACCAGAAGGUAUCACUCUCUUUCCAAAAAGUAUGACAUCAUUGAAUUUGUCAUGGCAUCCUUUAACACUGAGGACAGAGGAUGAUAUUCGUGUUGAAGUGGAAAGGAAGAGCGUGAAUGACAACGGUGAUGAGAGCAGUGUUAUUACUCAAGUGCCAGGAAAUAUGUCCACCUUGAUCAUUAAAGAUCUUGAGCCUAGACAGCAAUACAUGUGCAGGGUACGGGUGAACACCAGGUCCCAAGGAGAAUGGAGCAACUAUCUGUAUGCAUGGACUUUCAGCGACAGAAUCCCUCCUGCACCAAACAACAUCAGGUUUUCUAACACCACAGACACAUCCUCAGUCAUCUCUUGGACAGCUGCUGAGGGUCAUUCCAUCUCCUCCAUCAUCAUCAGCUACAAAAUUUAUGGCAAGGCUGAGCACAACCACAUUGAUAUUAUCAUCAAGAACACCAGCAUUACUCAAUAUCACCUCAAGGGCCUCGAGCCAGAUACUGUGUACCAGGUUCAGAUUAAUGCUCAGAACAACAUUGGCUUGAGCAACCCAAACACAUCAUUUGAACUGAAGACUCUUCCAGAAACUAAAGCUCCAUAUGAAUCAAAAGGAGGCAAAAUGCUGCUUAUUGCUAUCCUUGGCUCUGCAGGGAUGACCUGUGUAACAAUUCUCCUGGCCUUUCUCAUCAUGCUGCAGUUAAAGCGAGCCAACUUCCAGCGUCGAAUGGCUCAGGCUUUCCAAAAUGUGGUGAGGGAAGAGCCAGCUCUGCAGUUUAACUCAGGUACUCUGACUCUGAGCAGGAAAGCCAAAAACAGUCCAGAUCCUACUAUUUAUCCAGUUCUUGAAUGGAACGACAUAAAAUUUCAAGAUGUGAUUGGGGAAGGUAACUUUGGGCAAGUCCUGAAAGCACGCAUUAAGAAAGAUGGCUUACGCAUGGAUGCUGCAAUAAAAAGGAUGAAAGAGUAUGCUUCUAAAGAUGAUCACAGAGAUUUUGCUGGAGAACUUGAAGUUCUUUGUAAACUUGGACAUCAUCCCAACAUCAUCAAUCUUUUGGGAGCAUGUGAACAUAGGGGAUAUCUUUACCUUGCUAUUGAAUAUGCCCCCCAUGGAAAUUUACUGGACUUCCUUCGGAAAAGCAGAGUACUAGAGACAGACCCGGCAUUUGCUAUUGCCAACAGUACUGCAUCUACACUUUCCUCUCAGCAACUUCUUCAUUUUGCAGCAGAUGUUGCCAGAGGGAUGGACUACUUGAGCCAGAAACAGUUUAUUCAUCGAGAUUUGGCAGCAAGAAAUAUCUUGGUUGGAGAAAAUUAUGUUGCAAAAAUAGCUGACUUUGGCUUAUCAAGAGGUCAAGAAGUUUAUGUUAAAAAGACCAUGGGACGGCUUCCAGUGAGAUGGAUGGCAAUUGAAUCCUUGAAUUACAGUGUUUACACCACUAACAGUGAUGUAUGGUCAUACGGUGUCCUCUUAUGGGAAAUUGUUAGUUUAGGUGGAACACCAUAUUGUGGAAUGACAUGUGCAGAACUAUAUGAAAAACUCCCUCAAGGGUACCGACUGGAAAAGCCUCUUAACUGUGACGAUGAAGUGUAUGACCUAAUGAGACAGUGCUGGAAAGAGAAACCAUAUGAAAGACCAUCAUUUGCUCAGAUACUGGUGUCACUGAACAGGAUGUUAGAAGACAGGAAGACCUAUGUGAAUACUACUCUGUACGAGAAAUUUACUUAUGCAGGCAUUGAUUGCUCCGCUGAAGAAGCUGCUUAA